GCUAGGUGAGGAAGCAGUUCUCUUCCAAGCAUAUUAGUGGAUAUUUACUUCACUCCCAUUUUCUGGGGUCUGGCCAAUGAUGUUCGAAUUUGGCUUCUAUAGACGCUAGAAGAAAGGGGCCAGCACAGUCCGUAGCUCCAAACUUACCUAGGUACAUAUCAGUAGGGCGGACCCUCUUCCGGGUGGUUCCGUAAAUGCUAGCGUUUUAGAGCGAGGAGCCAUGGGCAUACUUACAAGUCGACUUUGUUUUUUUAGGUUUUGUUAUCCUGUACUUCGAUAUCGCUCUUAGGCCUACAGAUCGCCUAAAUAGCUGCUAUAAUAGAGGGGAAACACGGCGGAAGUUAUAGUGGACAUCAGGGUACCCUCAAUGUACCUGGGCGCUAGCCUGAACAAUGUGGGGUGGCUGGGAAUUUAGCUGUCACAAUUCCGACGAUGAUGAUGGAAUUGAACUAUUCAUUCCACCUAGUUCGGUGGUCGAGAAAUAGCAACGUUGGAAUAAAACAGUCAAUGCCGUCGCCAAGUUUGAAUUAAAGAAAUUCAAUUUGAAUUAUUCACCAAUUCGCUUCCAUAUUCUUCAAUAUGAAGCUCUUACCUCUCCCCGUACUCCUCCUUAGCAGCUCCCGAGCUUGGGGAUCCGAACUCCAAAAACCUCUUAAAGCUGCUCAAGCUUCGACUCCAAUAUCGCUGCCGCACGAUUCUUCCGAUGCGCCUCCUUCUUAUCGCGACGAAUUAGUAUCCUUACAUAAAUCUCUAGUCGAAAUACCCUCUAUUACCGACGACGAAAAUGAAGUCGGCAACUUCUUAGUCGAGUAUCUUACCGCGCGUGACUUCAUCGUCCAACUCGAAUUCAUCCCUCCAGAGUCGAAUACUACCGAACCUAGCAAACCUCGCUUCAACGUCCUCGCAUGGCCAGGCCCGAAUCGAAAACCUGAUCCUAAGGUCCUCGUUAGCAGCCAUAUCGAUACCGUCCCGCCCUUCAUACCUUACAGUCGCACCGAUGCCGACCCCACCGCCGAUACGGUACUCUCAGGCCGCGGCAGCGUCGAUGCGAAAGCUAGUGUUGCUGCGCAAAUCAUCGCUCUACAAUCGCUAUUAGACUCGGGCACUCUUUCUGGCAAAGAGGACUCCGUAAUGCUAUUAUUCGUCGUCGGCGAGGAGGUAACAGGUAUCGGAAUGAAAUACUUCUCUGCUACGCGCAGCAAGCUAGACCCACCUCCAAACUUCAAAGCCGCGAUUUUCGGCGAGCCGACAGAGCGGCGUCUCGUAUGUGGACACAAGGGAAUUUUUGCGGCCAAUAUUACGGUACACGGACGUGCGGGUCACAGCGGAUACCCAUGGCUCGGUAAGAGUGCUCUAGAGGUGCUUAUGCGCGGGUUGGUGCAAGUUUUAGAUACAGACUUGGGCAGUAGUGAGGAGUUUGGUAAUACGACAGUUAACAUUGGAUUGGCCCAUGGUGGGGUGGCUCCUAAUGUUAUCGCCGAAUCAGCUACCGCAAGACUUGCGGUUCGCGUAGCUAUUGGCCCUGAAAUCGGCGGCGACCGGAUCGCUGCUAAGCGGCUAGAAGAGGUGCUACGAAGCGUGGAUGAGGAAGCGUUCGAAAUCGACUUUGGAUUUGGGUACGGUGUUGUCAAAUGUGAUUGCGAUGUUGAAGGUUUCGAAACCACAACCGUCAAUUACGGAACAGACGUACAUCACCUAGAGGGAGAUCACAAACGAUACCUCUACGGACCCGGAACCAUUUUCGUAGCCCAUGGACCAGAUGAGGCGAUUAAACUAGGCGAAUUGGAGGCGGCGGUCGAGGAUUACAAGAAGCUCAUCCUGCAUGCUCUUGAGAGCUAAGCGGUUUGUGUUUGGGAAACCGAAGGGAUUCAAGCGUUGCUCUCGUCGUUUGUUCAUUCAUGCUAAUUUGUAUGCAUCAUAGGAUACCCUACAUAUGA